AUGGCCGACCAAGGACGGGCCUUUAUGUUUAAGGAGAAGAUCAAGGUGGCUCAGGAGGCUGUCCUGGAGACCGACCCAGCCCCGCUGGAGGACCUGCGGACGAGGAAGAAGAAAGGACCGUUCCACGCUUCCCGCGGGCAUCUCCCAACCAGAGUCCGAGCGAUCCCGGGGCGCGCCUCCCUCCCCUGCUGGCCCGGGACGCUCCUCCCCGCAGCUGUCAGGAAUGCAGGGGCGCUGGGCGGGGUGCCCCGCCUGACGCCGACUCUCCUCGCAGGUGGGGUGGGCGCGGACCCGGACCCGGACCCGGACCGCGGCUGCGUGGUGCCUGGCGUCGUCAGCACCUACAGACGGCGUUCCAACUCCAGCUCCGAGGGCGCUCCCCGGGGCUCGGCGCACUCCUGGACCCAGGAUGGCGAGCUGAGGGGCCUCGGAAGGGCUCCGCUUCUCACACUGGCCUCUCGGGACUUGGGAUUGGAGAGGGCGGUUGGGGAGAGCCCCCUGGCCACCUUACCUGGCCUUUCUCAGGACUCUUUGGACUUCGGGCCCAUGAGGAGCCAUGAGCCCCGGGCCCAGAGAGGCAGACUCCCGGCCAGCCAUAGGUCAGAGCUGGUGCUGGAGCAGUCCCGCCCGGCCCCCAUCCACUCCGCCUGCCUGGCUGGACCGCAGCGGGCCCUGGAGCAGAGCAAGCCCAGGUGUGGAGUACUGCCUUUUGGAGCAGAGGAGCAGGUGUCCUCCGAGGCAGCGACCACCCUAGAGACAGGCCUGGAAGAAGAGGGGGCAGGUGGCUGGGGGACCCGCGCCCGGGCCUGCCUCCCAGGACAGGGGCUUCGCUACCUGGAACACUUGUGUCUGGUGCUGGAGCAGAUGGCGAGACUCCAGCAGCUCUACCUGCAGCUGCGGACCCAGAGGCCCCCGGGGGAUCCCAGAGACGGAGACUUGGCCCUGGCCCUUAAACCACCCCUCCAAGCCCCGGGCGACAGGGUGCACAGGUCGUGGGAGCUGCCAAGCCAGGCGAAGGAGACAGGUGCCAAGGCAACUUCACUCUCAAAGGUCCAGGUGCCCAGCACCGAUGAUUCCAGGCUGGCAGAGGCCCCAGAGGGACCAACUCUCACCUUCCCAUCCUCCCAGGGACACAAGCGGGACCUCUCCCACUGGGCCAAGGUCAAGAUGCUGCUCAACCGGAUGUGCUGGAGGAGCCCGCGAUACCCUGAGCCACCCGUCCCUGCCGAUGGUGCCCGUCCCAGGACUGAGCCCAGGGACCGCCCUGAAAAACCUCAGUGCCGCUCCCACCGGAAGCCCUUCAUGCCAUCACUAGUGGUUAAGCAGCAACGGAAAACAACCCUCUCUCUAUGCUGAGACUACAGCGUGCCUGGUGGCUCUGGGUGGAGAGGAUUUGCCAGGAAGUCUUCCUCACCCUCUGCACGACUGCUGCUCUCCGCAGUCUGCUCUCAUGACUGUGGGGAACGCUGCCCCUGCUUGCCCUUCUCUCAGAGGCGAGGGCUGAGGCUGAGUCUCUUUGCUCCCAGCAGCCUGGCACAGGUGCCCUGGGGCCCCAAGCAGCCCCAAGACAUGGCAGCUCCAGCCUGCUUCUCCUUGCCGGAAAUCCCUGGGCUUAGACAAUGUGAACUAACCUCUCUCUCAGGUGUCCGUCAGAGCGUAGGCACGGUGAUGGCCCAGCAUGUAGCAGAUCCGUAGUUACGCAGAUUGACAGCAGUCAGUCUGUGGGACCCAGUCAGUCUGUGGGACCGUCAGUGUGGUCAGCCAGCUGGAUCCAGCCACCUCUCCCAGAACCAUGAGUCCAAGCGUUGGCCCUCCGGGUGAGGUAACCACAGAGGGAUGGCCCUGAUCUGCAUCCCGCAUGGGCGGUUACUAAUCCAGAUUCCUGCUUUCUGUCUCAUACCUGCGUUGGUAGCCCUGGGAUGAAAAUGGUGCUGCCUCGGCUGCCUCUGCAUUGAGUCUUGCCCUGGAGCGGAGUCCCCGAAGACUGUACCAGGAAUGAGGAUGACUGGGGGCAGUAGCAGAAUAAUCCUCAAGGCCGAGUCAUGGAGCUCUGCUCCAUGCUCGCUCUUACAUGCCAGAGCUGAAAACAAGUGCAUACUAGCUUUUAGACUUCUGUAGAGUCUUAACUUUUCCAAGCCGAAGCUUUCCACUUGGGAUAAUGAUUCCUGCCCUACCUACCUCACUUCCUGUUAUGAGGAUAAAGGAGAUUAAACUCU